GAAGUUGUAUGAAAUGAAUAAAAAUAUUUUGAUUUACUCGAAAAGUCAAAACUCUUCGUCUACUGAUAAUGACUUAGCGUUUACUUCGCAAGACUUGAACGAUUUGGCCAUAAGAAUAGGCGCCGAUUUAGGUCUUCCCGACAUUAAUGACAUCCAUGUGGUGGACGAGUCCGUCAAUCACGACAUUCUGGCGAAUGUGGAUCAGAGUCAAGAGCACAUGAACCGCGAGGGAGACAUAGAUAUGGACACCAUUGUGAUCGAGACGAUCAAUGAGGUGGACAUGAGUGACGCCAUUGUCUUCGGCAAUGUGGGCAACGAUGUGACCAUCAGUUCCAGCAAUCCGUUCGACAGACAAAUCCCGACGCUAAGUGGUCCGUCGGGAGCCCCCAAAGCGGGGGGCAUAGGCCGGCGCCCCCGCACUGGAGGGCCCGCCAAGAUUCGCGCACCUCAUCCACAGACACAACUAAUCCAAUCGAUUUCCACAUCACAGCCCUCACAACAGAUCCGAUUCGCCAACACAUUCACAACACAGCCGCAGAUCAUACCGAUUAACGCGUUAAGUUUGGGACAACUGAACGCCUCGCAGGUGAUGACCACAUCAGUGGCUCAGCCGACCAAAGCUCAGACGACCACCAAAACCAAGAUUAUCAAAAAGGCGCCGAUAGUGUCGACAGACAUUCAAAGUAAUCAAACGCCGGACACGUCUACUCUGAAAGUGAUUUACACAUCACAGGGACAGCAGAUUGUGUUCUCGCCCUCAAAGCAGAGCACUUCGUUGAACUCCAACACAACGGUCGUCUCGUUGGGCGCCAACACCGGUGUCGCGCCGCCCGGCAAAGUGCUGCUCAGACCCGUGGGACAGGCGUUCUCGAAGGGUAUGGCCACUAUGAAUGCGGGUCAACAGCAACCACAACAAGUCAUUAUAUUGUCGCCACUGAAGGCCACGGGUGGGGUUGGCGUGUCGUCCAUAGCGGCAGCCAAUAAAAUACUACCCCUUAAGCCUCAGCCCAUAAUCGCCGCCAAAUCGCCGCAACGAGUGCUGGCGCCGGCACCCACUCAGCAAAAGAUAGCCAUCAGUAAGGCGUCGACUGACAUAAAGCCGGUGCAACUGAUCCGAGUGGUGCCCAUAUCGUCAGCGCAGACCUCGCAACAGAUGUCAUCCAUUUCAUCGAAUAAAUUCGUUCCGUUGAGACCAAUCGCCCCCAACACCAGUGUCCGAGCGAUCGCUCCCAUCCCUCAGUCUACACACAGAUUCCUGGUCCCGACCUCUACUGUCAAAGCCGGUGUUCCCUCUCUCACGACAGUGACGGCCACAUCGACUGUCUCGCAGACCACGUUUCUCACCACAUCCGGCGCAUCCAAUUCCGGACAACUCUUUAUGUUACAGAACCCAAUGAUGAAGAUAACGCCCACCACAACGUCCGUCUCGUCGCCCACAGCAAAGACCGUCUCAUUCGCCACCGCAACCGCUCAGAGGACUAACUUCGUGCCGAUCGCACCCUCGCCACUGACUGCCAGCUCCUCUGUCAACACCUUAAGCGCCGCUCAAAUCAGUUCACUAAAGAUACCGAACGGAAGUGCAAAACCAGUGGAAGACCCGAAUCAGCGAAAGCCAUGCAAUUGUACUAAAUCUCAAUGUCUGAAACUGUACUGCGAUUGCUUCGCGAACGGCGAGUUCUGCAGUUCAUGCAAUUGCAUCAGUUGUCACAACAGCUUAGACCACGAGGAGGACCGCCAGAAAGCCAUCCGUCAGUGUCUCGAACGAAAUCCGCACGCAUUUCACCCGAAGAUCGGCAAAGGCAGGGCCGGCGACACAGAGCGCCGACACACCAAAGGCUGCAAUUGUCGGCGAAGCGGUUGUCUCAAGAACUAUUCCAUCGGCAAAGGCAGGGCCGGCGACACAGAGCGCCGACACACCAAAGGCUGCAAUUGUCGGCGAAGCGGUUGUCUCAAGAACUAUUGCGAGUGCUAUGAGGCGAAGAUCCUGUGCUCGAGUCUCUGCAAGUGCUGCGGCUGUAAGAACUUUGAGGAGAGCUUUGAGCGCAAGACUCUCAUGCAUUUGGCCGAUGCGGCCGAAGUGCGAUCCGCUCAGCAGAACGUGGCCACGAAGAACAGGCUCUGGAGCUCCGACUUCAAGCCCAAGCUUCCCAUUCGUGUGGACGGCGAUCGACUCCCGUGUAGUUUCAUAACGCCUGAAGUGAUUGAGGCCACGUGUCAGUGCCUAUUGGCUCAGGCGGAACAGGGAGAGCGGGUUGGCAUCGAUUUGAAGCAAAUCGAGAAACUG